AUGAGCAAAUUCUACUUUGGCACCGCCUCCGGCUCCAUCUCCUCAGACGACGAAGACAACCUCCCCUACCCAGAAGCCCUCCCCCGCAGCGACUUUCUCAUCCCCAACUUCGACGCCCCAACAUACCUCUCCACGCUCUCCAACCGCCAUCAAACGCUCGAGGAUUUACGCACUGAUCUCAGAGAGCGAUCACAGGCACUCUCAAAGGAAUUGCUGGAUCUGGUGAACACGAAUUAUGAACAGUUUUUGAGUCUGGGUUCGGAUUUACUGGGCGGGGAGGAGAAGGUGGAGGAUGUGAGGGUUGGACUACUAGGGUUUAAGAGGGGCGUGGAGGAGGUUAAGGGACGGGUGGGGGAGAGGAGGGUGGAGGUUGAGGGUUUACUGAAGGAGAAGAGGGGGGUGAGUGGGGAGAUUGCGGCGGGGAGGAGGUUGCUAGAGGUAGAUGCUAGAUUGGAGGAGUUGGAGGAGAGGCUUAUGGUUUCGUCGCUCGGAAGGGCGGUUGGUGAUGAUGAUGAUGAUUCGUGGAGUGAGAGUGAAGAUGAGGAGGAUGAUGAUGAAGAGAAUCUCACUUCGGGUCCUGUGGCUGGGACGAGUAUUAAGAAGUUCCAGCGGUUGGUGAGCGAUUGUCUUCAUGUGGAGCGGUUGGCGGUUAAGGCUGGUGAGGAUCAUCCGUUUAUUAGAUCGCAGCAAUCGCGGAUGCUUAGAGUCAGGAACACGAUUUUACUGGAUCUGAACACUUCACUGAAGCAGACUGCCACUGGGGGCGAGGAAGCCAAGUCAAGACUCAUCAAGCUUCUUGGCAUCUAUAGAGCAUUUGAUGCGAACGACGAAGCUAUCAAAGUGCUGAAGGAUUUGAAAUCAAGAUGA